AAUACAACAAGAUAGUUGGCACAACGUUGCAACUCUCUUAUCGUUUGCAAAUAUUGUGCGAUGUUGGUGCAGUCGUAUAAUCCUAAAGAUAGGCCGGCUAUCACAUCGGUGGUAUAAAUUAACGCGUCCAGCCUCCAGCUUCAUCAAAGAUUAACAGAAACUCGCGUUACUCGGAGCUGUUUAGAAGUUAUUCUCGUCCCUCUUUUCUGGAUGUGAUUUUCCUCCCCUUAAGUAACACAGUGUCGAAGAAAGUUUCUGCCGGAACUUUAUCCACCCGAAGUUGAAUACCUGUAUAUAAAGGAGAAAUUGCACCCACGGGAAGAUUGAUCAUUUUUUCAUUCCUCUUCUGCUAGAAAAAGAAUGCAAACUCCGAUAAGGCAGAGAGUAGCUUCCAUCGUUCAGAAGCCGGAAGUCAAGCGUUUAUUGACUGCCCAGGAGAUCAUCGAUCGGGACGAUCGGUUCGGGGGUCGACACUUUAAGCCACUUCCGGUCGUUCUGACACGAGGACAAGGCGCCUUCCUCUGGGAUGUCGAGGGUAAAAAGUACCUCGACUUCUUGGCCGGUUUUGCGGCCGUCAAUCAAGGACACUGCCACCCUCGACUCGUAAAAACGAUGCAGGAUCAGGCCGAGAAACUCACUCACACCUCCAGGGCGUACUACACUGAACCCUUGGGUGCCCUGUCCGAGUAUUUGACCAAUCUUUUUGGCUGGGACCGUUUCGUCCCAAUGAAUACAGGAGUCGAGGCCGGAGACACGGCGUUGAAGAUGGCGAGACGAUGGGCUUACAGAACGAAGAAGGUACCCAGCAACAGGGCGUCGAUACUGUUCGCAAAAGGUAACUUUUGGGGCAGAUCAUUAGCCGCAGUUUCGUCGUCUACCGAUCCGAACUGUUUCACGGACUUUGGUCCCUACAUGCCGCUGUUCGAUACUGUGCCUUACAAUGACUUGAAAGCUCUCGAGUCGAAAUUCGAAGCGGAUCCGAAUAUCUGUGCGUUUAUGAUGGAGCCGAUCCAAGGUGAAGCUGGUGUCGUCGUUCCGACGGACGGAUAUUUACGCGGUGUCAGAGAACUCUGCACAAAAUACAAUAUUCUGUGGAUUGCUGACGAGGUUCAAACAGGACUUGGAAGGACCGGCGACAGACUGGCAGUCGAUCACGAGAAACAACGCCCGGAUAUUCUAAUUCUGGGAAAAGCCCUGUCCGGUGGAAUGUAUCCGGUAUCCGGUGUUCUGGCCGAUGAGGAGAUCGUCUUUGGACUCGAGACCGGAUCGCACGGAAGUACUUUUGCCGGAAGUCCAAUCGGCGCUGCCGUUGCCCUGGAGGCUGUGAAAAUUCUAGAGGAGGAAAAGCUCGCGGAGAACGCCAAGAAUUUGGGGAAAAUCUUGAGGGUGGAGCUGGAAAAAUUGCCCAAAGACAUCGCCACGGAAAUUCGAGGCCGAGGGCUGCUCGCUGGGGUUUUGGUCAACAAGGAGAUCGCCGACGGAUGGGACAUCUGCUUGAGGCUCAGAGAUGCUGGAUUGUUGAGCAGGCCAGCGCAUGGACAAAUAAUUCGAAUAUCACCUCCUCUGACGAUAACUGAGGAUCAAUUAAGAGAAGGAAUCCACAUUCUGACGACCACCUUACUCAGUUAUUAACGAAAAUACAUGGUAGAUUCCGGAGUCAAUAUUUUCGUCGUGCCUUUUAAUGUAACACACAAUUUCGAUGUCAAACCUACAGUGAGUACCAGAAAUCGACUGUCAACCGAAGACGAAAGUUUCAUCAGUUUAUUUUACGCUCUUUUAGGCAUUUACGUCAGAAAAAUAAAGAAAUUUCAAACACUGUCGUCGACGAUAACGCGACACGCGCAUACAUCACGUCGUCGAACUACAUGCAAUCGUACAGUAGAUACUAUAUUAUAAGUAAUUAAAGUCAUAAAUUUAAAGGGGUGAAAAAUAUAUAUCGAUACUGUUAUCAGUAAUCAACGUUUAUUCUCGUCGUUGGUUGAUUGAGUUUAAUAUUUACACAACACUUCGCGAAUCAAGUAUAUAAUAUUACGCGAAGCGCGUAUAGUUAUUAAUACAUUCUCUUUGAUAAGAAAUGCAGCGUUCAAUUAAAGUUUCAAUCGUUUCGAAACAAUGACUAAAGACGACGAGCAUGACUAUUCAAAUUAUACGUGUAUGAAAUUAACAAUAAUUACAAGAUAUGCUGGCAGGUUGUUUAUAAUAUGAAUCAACAUAAAAUAUUCGAAUCUCCAAAGAGACUGACUUAAUAACAAUCAAUACUUUACAAAUAUGCCAAACGGGAUACAUACGUAACUUCCGUAA